UUCCUCUGCUUCCCCUGACUGACUGGAGGAAAGAGGGCUGAAGAAGACAGGAAAAUUUAAGCCCAGUUGCAACAUUGCUGAAUCUGCUACUGAGAGCCAGUUGUUAAACAUUCACCAAUACACCCCAAUUCCAAGUGCUACAUUGGUAAUGAUCGAAUACCAGAUGAAUGAAGGUCCCGGAGCUGCCCUGCCGGCCAAGCAGAAUCCCUUGCCCACAUGACAGCCUUUUGAACAACAAAUGUCUGCUCCAGGGGAAGAUCAAGCAGCAGCGCUUGGCAGGCUUGGACCGAGGCGGCAUGUCUGCGAAAGGAAGAAAGGGCUCCGGUCAGGAGCUGAAGCCUGAGCCUGAACCACAGGUGAAUCCCUACGCAGACACCCUGAAGCGCCUCCGGGAUGCCUUCGAUUCUGGAAGAACCCGCCCAGCCGAAUUCCGACUUAUCCAGCUCCGGGGGCUGAGCCGCUUCCUGAACGAAAACCGAAAGUUGCUCCUGGAUACCCUGGCCCAGGAUCUGAGCAAGCCAGCCUUCGAAGCGGAUAUAUCUGAGAUCAUCUUAUGUGAGACUGAAAUCAAGCUUGCUCUGAACAACCUCCACACCUGGAUGAAGGAUGAACGGGUGGAGAAGAAUCUGGUUACCCAGCUGGACUCAGCUUUCAUCCGGAAGGAGCCCUAUGGGGUGACGCUCAUCAUCUCCCCCUGGAACUAUCCGUUGAACCUCUUGCUGAUGCCUUUAGUGGGGGCCAUUGCUGCAGGUAACUGUGUGGUUUUAAAGCCCUCAGAGAUAAGUAAGAGCAUGGAGAAGGUCAUUGCUGAAGUGCUACCCCAGUACCUGGACAAGAACUGCUUUGCCACAGUGCUGGGAGGCCCCCAGGAGGCCACGAUUCUGCUCAAGAACAGAUUUGACUACAUCUUCUUCACAGGAAGCCCCCGAGUAGGCCGGAUCGUCAUGUCCGCUGCCUCCAAGUACCUGACCCCCAUCACACUGGAGCUGGGAGGGAAGAACCCCUGUUACGUGGAUGACAACUGUGACCCCCAAAAUGUGGCCAACCGUGUGGCCUGGUUCCGUUUCUUCAACGCGGGACAGACGUGCGUGGCCCCAGACUACAUCCUGUGUACCCGGGAGACACAGGAGAAGCUGCUGCCUGCCCUGCAAAAUGCAGUGACCCAGUUCUAUGGGAAGGAUCCUCAGGGUUCCCCAGACCUGGGCCGCAUCAUCAGUGACAAGCAUUUCCACAGGCUUCGAGGCCUGCUGGGCAAUGGCCGAGCAGCCAUUGGCGGCCAGUCAGACGAGCAGGAACGCUACAUUGCCCCCACGGUGCUGGUGGAUGUGAAGGAGACAGACCCCGUGAUGCAGGAGGAGAUCUUUGGGCCCAUUUUACCCAUCCUGAAUGUGCAGAGCAUCGAUGAGGCCAUUGCUUUCAUCAGGAAGAGAGAGAAGCCUCUGGCCCUAUAUGCCUUCUCCAAGAAUUCCAAGGUGGUGAAUAAGGUUCUGGACCAGACCAGCAGUGGCAACUUUGGGGGAAAUGAUGGCUUCAUGUUUAUGACAAUGACAUCCAUGCCUUUUGGGGGAGUUGGUCACAGUGGGAUGGGCGAAUACCAUGGCAAGUUCACCUUUGACGCAUUCUCCCACCGGCGUGGUUGCCUCCUUCGUAGCCCAUACCUGGAGAUGAUCGACAAGAUUCGCUACCCACCCUACUCCCCGGGGCAUCAGAGGCUGCUGGUGUGGAUUUUGGAGCACAAACUGAGCUUCCCUUGCUCCAUCCUGUGAACCGCCUCAUCAUCCUUGACCUUCCCUGGACCUGCAGGCUUGGGAGGGCAGUACCAGGCCUCCCCACUUGUAUUGGGUGUUCUCCCUGUCUCUCACAACUUCAGAUACCCUACCUGAGCCCCAUCAUAGUAACCUGCUUGGCCCUAGGCCUUCCCACCCUGACCUGGAAAGAAAUGGUGUUUUCACGUAAGAGAUGUGAUUAAUAGAUCGUAGGCUCACAGAUCCAGCUCUGGAGAGGAACUUGGAGGACAUCAGUCCAACCCUAUCAUUUUAUGGAUGAAGAAACUGAGUCUAAGGCUAAGGGAUUCCCCAAGAUCACACGAGCAGUAAAUGACAGAAACAAUUCAAACUUGGGUCCUGGGACCUUUCUCAUUGCACCACAUUGCCUUCUCACAUAGCCAAUGUCAUCCAUCACGUCCACUUCAGAAAACCAUGCUGUCAUAGCUGUAGGUCACCUCUCCAACCCCCUAAUGACUUAUGUGCAAUCAGGACUCUGGGGCUAUCUUAUUGGCCAUGGUUCUGGGGAGCUUGGUAUUACUGCAGAGGGAUCAUGGGUCACACAGGUAGUGUUGGUGUCAGUAUCUGAACCCAGUUCCUCUGACUCUUUUCACUGUGCCAUACUGCCUAGGCUAAACCUUGCUUACCUGAAGCAACGUGAGGAAUUUCUCAUGGGAAACCUCAUUGCCUCUGGGCAGAACAAUAGCGAGCAUGUGUACCCAUCUGCAGUGAUCCAUUUUCCUAUCAAGAACAUUCCUUGUUUAAAGAACGUCCCCAGCACAACUGCAGCACUGAAUGGCGAACACAACUUUGUCUUCCUUCGUUUGUCCCAAGUUCCUACCUGUCUGCUCCUCUUCCCACGGGUGACUUUUCCCUUUAGCCUGUUCACAGAGGAGCUCCUUCUAGAGCUCUGAGGAUACUCAGACUUGGUCCGUUUUUGAAUUCUUUAUCCCUCAUAGCUGUAAUAAAGAAUACCUUGUUGGAGUCAA